AUGGGUUCCGUCGAAGCUUUGAACAACCUCAAAACUUGCACUCAACUCGGAGGCGGUCCACCCGACGGCCCAGGGGGUGAGGAUCGUCUUGCGCUUGACAGAAGCUUGUGGCCAAUUGGUUCAGAGCUAACUAUCAACAUGUGGGGCCAAAGCGAUUUUGUCCAUGGAAAGGUCAUUCAAUAUGCCAACGAAUGGUCUCUCUACGCAAACCUAACCUUCAAAUUCAUGGAUCGAGACGCCCCAGGCGACUCCGACAUCCGUAUCUCAUUCACCUCCGGCAUUGACUCUUGGUCCUACAUUGGAACUGGUGCGAAAACAAUUCCACAGAGUGAUCCUACCAUGAACUUCGGCUGGUUCGACGACGAGACCUCAGAUGAAGAGUUCAGCCGGACCGUUAUCCACGAGUUCGGCCAUGCCAUUGGAUGCAUCCAUGAGCAGGCCUCACCGGUGGUGGAUAUCCCGUGGAACAAGCCAGCAGUGUAUGAGUACUACCUAAGAGAAGACGGCUGCGAUAAGGCGAAAGUGGAUGCAAACGUUUUUGAGAAGGCGGUGCAGGCGAAUACUCUGAACACGAGAUUUGAUAAUACUUCCAUCAUACCUUCAUCAUGCGCUGCUACCCGAAGGAAGGGAUUGUUCGCAACACCCAAGACGGCGUCUAUCUUGUUCGGCAACAACGACGGGCAGCAGGCUGAUGACUACGCGGAAGUGUCAAAUGAGGGAUUUGCUUGGUGGGAGAAUGGUUGUGAAGUGCCUUUCGGAAGCGGUGACAAGGUGAAAUGGACUCUGGCUGAAGAUGCUGGAAAAUCGCCGCUCUACAGCAGAGUCGGGUUUGCGGACAAGGGGUCCGAGAAGUGGAAUGUGUACAGGGACGACGGCCGUGUUCUGUACGAGCGCGAUGGAUGGCAGGUCUAUGCUCUUUUCUGGGCCUUUUAG